GAGCCUCGAACUUUUCAGCUUUCACGGGUUGCUGGAUUGGCAUGAAUUGAGGGUCCUUGUGCAAUAAUCUAGUGAGAAUGUCUUCUUCAGCUAUUUUCAUCCUCGAUCUCAAAGGAAAGACCAUCAUCUCUCGUAACUAUCGUGGCGAUGUGGAUAUGGGCGUCAUCGAUCGCUUUCUUCCUCUGUUAAUGGACCGCGAAGAGGAUGGAUUAGCAUGCCCAGUGAUCUCAAGUCAAGAUGCUACUUUUGUCUAUAUCAAGCACAACAAUAUAUACUUGGUUUCGACAUGUCGAUCUAAUGUAAACGUGACGUUGGUGCUGUCGUUCCUCUUCAAAUGUGUUGAGGUUUUUACUGAAUACUUCAAAGAUGUUGAAGAAGAAUCUGUACGGGAUAAUUUUGUUGUCAUAUAUGAACUUCUCGACGAAAUGAUGGAUUUUGGUUUCCCUCAAACGACAGAGAGUCGAAUUCUGCAAGAAUUCAUUACACAAGAGGGGCACAAACUUGAGGUUGCACCGCGGCCGCCAAUGGCUGUUACAAAUGCUGUCUCUUGGCGAUCAGAGGGUAUUAAGUACAGAAAGAACGAGGUGUUCCUCGAUGUGAUCGAGAGCGUCAAUAUGCUAGCUAAUGCAAAUGGCACAGUCUUACAAAGUGAGAUAGUUGGCUCAGUUAAAAUGAGAGUGUACUUGACUGGAAUGCCAGAGCUGCGACUUGGGCUCAAUGACAAAGUGCUCUUCGAAGGAAGCGGACGCGGAAAGAGUAAAUCGGUCGAGUUGGAAGAUGUCAAGUUCCACCAAUGCGUGCGACUAUCACGUUUUGAUAAUGAUCGUACUAUCUCUUUCAUUCCUCCAGAUGGAGCCUUUGAGUUGAUGAGCUACCGUCUCACGACCGUAGUGAAACCGCUGAUCUGGAUCGAAACAAAUGUGGAAAGGCAUUCACAUUCUCGAGUGGAGUUUAUGAUAAAGGCAAAAUCUCAGUUCAAGCGUAGAUCUACUGCAAACAAUGUGGAAAUAAUCAUCCCAGUUCCAUCAGAUGCCGAUUCGCCAAAGUUUAAGACCAGCAUUGGUGCUGUCCGCUAUGCUCCUGAGCAGAGCGCAUUCGUUUGGACAAUCAAAAGCUUUCCAGGAGGAAAGGAAUACCUGCUGAGUGCACACUUUUCUCUCCCAUCCGUCGUUGGUGAAGAAGUAGAAGGAAAACCUCCGAUCAAAGUAAAAUUUGAAAUCCCGUACUUCACUACAUCUGGGAUACAGGUCCGCUAUUUGAAAAUCAUCGAGAAAAGUGGUUAUCAAGCUCUUCCAUGGGUAAGAUAUAUCACACAGAAUGGUGAGUAUCAAAUGAGAAUGAAAUAAAGAUACGAGCGACCCAAAAAUCUUUUUUACCCAUUUAUUAUUUAUUUUCUUGAUAUUCUUUGCAUGUUAUUUUCGCAUUUUCGUUGUUUUCUUUCCUUUUUACUUGUGAUUCUCACUCUUGAGAUUUAUAAUCGGUGCAAAAUCUGUUGAGUUUGAUAUUGGCAUAAUUCUUCUUAGCAUAAUCAGGAUCUGCUUUUGUCAUUACUUCUCCCUCAUCCUUUUUUGUCGUUAUCUGUUUGAUUGUUCGUAUGUGUUUUAAUUCGAUACAAGUCAUGAUUUGAAACAAUCAAAAUUGUUGAAUUGCUUUUAUUGAUAAGUACAUGUUAUUAUCUUGCGAUCUUACUCGAUCAUUACACGAUGGUUGACUUUUUGUAGGGAA